ACUCGAGUGUGCAGAAUGAUCAUAGUAACAUUUGAAGCUUCAAGCUGUUAAGAAAGUUCUUUUGAACCAACAUCCUCUAAGCACUAAACACAUAAAAAGCAACAUGAAGUUCGCCGUUUCCGUAGUCUUGUUCGCUUUGGCCCUUGGCGCUGCCCACUGCUCGGUCAUCCCAUUGGUCACCUCCAUCAAUGGCGUCGUCUUGGCCUCUGCACCCGGUUCCAUUGCCGUACACGCUUCUGCGGUACCAGCUGUGGUAGCUGCCCCAUCACCCGUUCAGAUCGUCACCAGCCCUGUAGUGGCUCCAGCCGUAGUUGCUCCCGCUGUUGUGGCCGCUGAAGGUACCUAUGUUGCCAAAACUCGUGGCGCUGUACAUGUCGCUCCUCUGCCCGGACAUAUACAAUCAGCCGCCUCAGUGAAUUUGGAACCAGCACCAGGCACCCUCUAAAUAUCUACUAGGAAAAUAUAAAUGAAUGGCGUUUCGAACGGGAAUACACGCAUAUACAUAUGUAAUAAGCAAAAAAAUAUAUGCACGCAUCUGGCCAUAGUCAAUUUAACUGGAAGACGUGCUACACAUUUACAUACAAAUAUACAUACAUACAAUGCAACGAUGGAAAAAUAAUUUUAGUUUAAUUAAACAUUUUCGACAACAAAA